CACACACACACACGCUCGCCUGACUCUCAACAACAACAACAGCGCCAUUUCCCGCGCAGGAGGAGGCGGGGACGCUGGUAUCUCCCGCGGUCCUCAGCGCAGAAGUAGGUCAACCAGCGCUAUCGGCGAGACUCCCGAGAAAACAACACAUAACGACAUAAAUCCACCCUCGCUGGUCUCCAGUGCGUGUGCUCUGCUUCCGGUCCUGGCUGACGUUCAGACGACUUUUCAGGAUUUAGCUUAUUUUUCACUGUUCGCGCGCGAGCUGAGGGAGAUAACAUGAGCAACGCGCAAAACAGCUCUCUCAGGCCCCCAAGAAUGAAAAGGUUGAGCAGAGACCGCGAGGACAGCCCCUCAUCCUGCGAGGGGCCGGCGGACUCCUGCAAGAGAGUCAGACAGCCCGCCGAGGACCCUGGAGAUCUGCUGUCCAACUGGGCUCGACUGCCACAGGAGAUCCUGCUCCACAUCUUCCAGUACCUGCCUCUCCUCGAUCGCGCCUUCGCCUCGCUGGUCUGCCGCAGCUGGAAUCAGGCCUUCCACAUGCCCGAGCUGUGGAGGUGCUUUGAGUUUGAGCUCAACCAGCCUGCCAGCUCUUACCUGAAGGCCACUCAUCCUGACCUAAUAAAGCAAAUCAUAAAGAGGCACUCCAAUCAUUUACAGUACGUCAGCUUCAAGGUGGACAGCAGUACAGAGUCAGCGGAGGCUGCGUGUGACAUCCUGUCUCAGCUGGUCAACUGCUCUCUGAAGACCCUUGGGCUGAUCUCCACUGCACGGCCCAGCUUCAUGGAGCUGCCGAAGUCGCACUUCAUCUCUGCACUAACCGUGGUGUUUGUCAACUCCAAGUCUCUUUCGUCUCUGAAAAUUGACGACACGCCAGUGGACGAUCCUUCGCUCAAGGUCCUGGUGGCCAACAACAGUGACACACUCAAGCUGUUAAAGAUGAGCAGCUGCCCACAUGUUUCUCCUGCAGGGUGUUGUGAGCAUUACCGAAUGCACACGUAAUGUGAUGACUCUUUAAUUCAUACUGGAAGCCGGAGGGCGCCCUUGCGGAGAAACUCCACAUAUCCAUAGCAGAGAAAUCCCCAAUAUGGACAAAGGUAUCAAGUUAUCGCUGUAGCGGAAUAAAACGCAGAUAGAGAAAUUUUAACUGAUGA